AUCAUCUCACGUUUCAACCAUCUCUCUCUUUCUCUUUAAACAUCAAAUUCCCUCUUUACAAAACAAAAUCCCUUCAAUGGCGCCCAAAGCAGAGAAGAAGCCAGCCGAGAAGAAGCCAGCGGAGGAGAAGAAAGCCGCCGUAGCUGAAAAAUCCCCUGCCGAGAAAAAGCCAAAGGCCGGAAAGAAGCUUCCCAAGGAAGCCGGCGCCGGUGCCACCGAUAAGAAGAAGAAGAGAAGCAAGAAGAACGUGGAGACAUACAAGAUCUACAUCUUCAAGGUUUUGAAGCAGGUUCAUCCUGACAUCGGUAUCUCAAGCAAGGCCAUGGGGAUUAUGAACUCGUUCAUCAACGACAUCUUCGAGAAGCUUGCUCAGGAAUCUUCGAAACUUGCGAGGUACAACAAGAAGCCCACGAUCACUUCCAGAGAAAUUCAGACCGCUGUGAGGUUGGUUUUGCCCGGAGAGUUGGCAAAGCAUGCUGUUUCUGAGGGGACGAAGGCUGUAACAAAAUUUACCAGUUCUUAGAUUUUGGGUUUAGGGUUUUAUUUUACUCAUUGUAAAGACAGAUCGACUUAAAAAUGUUUCAACUUUGUCAUGUAAGAGCUCGUAUUGAAAUUAAACGUACGGAUUUUGAUCAAA